AUGACAACGUUGAUAGUAACAAAUGAUGAAAAAGAAGAUAUUGUUUAUCCUUUACUUAAAACAACAACAACAACACCUGUUUAUAAUGAUAUUAUUAUUAUUGAAUCUACACAAUUAGAUUCAAUUAAUCAUCAUCAACAUGAUUUAGUUGUUAAUAAUAAAGAAAAAGAAAAAUCAACUGAAAUAUCAUUUAAUCAAAAUGAAUUUGAAUUAGUAACAAUUUCAUUUUACAAUAUUAAUUAUAUUAUUGGUAAUAAAACAGUUAAAAAUAAAUCAUCAACUCGAUGGCGAACAAAAAUAUUUCCAUUUUGGAAUCCAAUACCAAGCAAACAAAUUCUUACUGAUGUUUCUGGAGUUUUCACUCCUGGAAUGAAUGCUAUAUUAGGACCAACAGGUUGUGGAAAAUCGACUCUACUUGAUAUUCUUGCAGAUCGAAAAGAUAAUCAUGGAUUAACAGGAACUGUUCUUGUAUCAGGACAAACUCGUCCUUCUUAUUUUAAAUAUAUUAUUGGUUAUGUUAUUCAAGAUGAUAUUAUCAGUGGAACAUUAACUGUUCGAGAAAAUCUUCUUUUUUCUGCAAAUACUCGUUUAUCACGUUCAAUUAAAAUGAAUAAACGAAUUGAACGUGUCAAUCAAAUUAUUCGUGAUUUAGAUCUUGAAUCAUGUGCUGAUACUCUUAUUGGAACUGAUUUUGUAAGAGGUGUAUCAGGUGGAGAGAAAAAACGAACAAGUAUAGGAAUGGAAUUAAUUCUUUCACCCAAUCUUCUUUUCUUAGAUGAACCAACAACAGGACUUGAUGCAUGUACAGCACAAAAUGUUAUGAGUUGUUUACAUAAAUUAUCAAGACAAGGACGAACAAUUAUUUUUUCAAUUCAUCAACCUCGUUAUUCAAUAUUCAAAUUAUUCGAUAAAGUUCUUUUUCUUUCUUCUGGUCAUAAUAUUUAUUUAGGUCCAUCUAUUGAAGUUUUACCUUAUUUUUCUUCACAUGGUUUUAAUUGUGAAGAACAUGAUAAUCCAGCAGAUUUUGUUCUUGAUCUACUUAUUCAAUCAAAUAAUAAUUCUUCAACAAAACUUCAAACAGCUUAUAUUCAUUCAAAAAUGUAUUCAAAUAUUUGUCAAAUGAUAAAAAAUGAAAAUAAAAAUAAUUGUUUAUUAAAAAAUGAUACAAAUCGAACAUAUUCAAGUGAAUUUUAUUAUGUUGCAAAACGAACAUUAUGUAAUGUUUUACGAAAUCCAUCAUUAUUUGCAUCACAAAUUGUUAGUGUUAUUAUAUAUGGUUUAUUUACAGGUUUAAUUUUUAAUAAAUUAGAUACAACAGUUGAAACAGGUGUAUAUAAUCGUUUUGGUGCAAUUUUUUUUAUUAUUUCUUGUCAAGUACUUGGUUCAGUCAAUGCAUUAGAACCAUUGAUCAAAGAACGAGCACUUUUUAUUCAUGAAAAUGUUAGUGGUUAUUAUCGAAUAUCAAGUUUUUAUUUUGCUAAAUUAAUAAUUGAUGUUCCAUUGGUACAUAUUAUUCCUUCAAUUAUUUAUACAAUAAUUACUUUUUUUUUGACGGGUCUUCGUCAAUCAAUGGAAAAUUUUUUUCUUUUUUUUAUAACAAAUUUAAUGGCAAAAAUAUUUGGUUCAUCAAUGUGUUAUUUUAUUGCUGCUAGUACUUCAACAUUUGGUGUUGCUCUUGUUAUGGUCAUAUGUUGUUAUGUAACUAUGAUGCUUUUUAGUGGUUUACUUAUUAAUAUAUCAAGUAUUCUUAGUUUUCUUCGAUGGAUACAAUGGAUAAGUGUUUUUCGUUAUGCAUCAAAUGUAUUAGCAAUAAAUGAAUUUCGAAAUUUAACAUUAUGUUUACCAUAUGAUAUUGAUCAAUGUUCAAUGAAAGGUGAAGAGAUUUUAUUACGUCGUCAUAUAUCUUAUACAACAACUUGGGAUAUAUGGAAAAAUAUCGUAGCCUUAUUAUUUAUAUCUGGAACAUUUUUUAUUAUGGCUUAUAUUCAAUUGUUACGAAUUAAAAAAUUUAAAUAG